UCCCGGAAGUGAUCUGCGGCGCGGACAAGAGCGCGUAGUCACACACGAGCGAGCGACGCAGGUGAGCUCGCGCACGUUCGUCACCUGUCCGCAAAGAGAAAGCAACACAAAAACACAAAACAAACAAAGCAUGUACUCGACGAGCAGGAUCUAGUCGCACAGGCACACAGGAGGGUUUCUUGUCUCCUGCUUACCGUGAGCGGCGACGCGAGAAGGAACGCUGCAGCUCUUGUUCGCCAUGGCGAGCCAGGACCCCGUCAACCCUUCGCACGCGGCCUUUGACCGUUUCGUCCAAGCGCAGGACUGCAACGAUGUCCAGCGACACUUCAAUGAGCUCUGCCGGCAGCUGGACGUCAAUCUGAAGGAUUUUCGGAGCUUCUACAGCAAGCUGAAAGAGAGGCUCAACUACUGGCGAGCCAAAGCUUUGUGGACUAAGUUGGAUAAGCGGGCAUCUCACCCAGACUACCAGCAAAGGAAAGCAUGCACCAAAAACAAGUGUUUGGUUUUGGGUGCUGGGCCAUGCGGGCUGAGGACGGCCAUCGAACUGUCGCUGCUGGGGGCUGAGGUGGUGGUGCUGGAGAAGCGAGAGACUUUCUCCAGAAACAACGUUCUUCAUCUAUGGCCCUUCACCAUUUAUGACCUGCGCGGCCUCGGCGCCAAGAAGUUCUACGGAAAAUUUUGCACCGGCUCUUUGGAUCACAUCAGCAUUCGUCAGCUGCAGUUAAUUCUUCUAAAAGUGUGCCUUCUCCUUGGGGUUGAGGUUCACACCGGAGUGGAGUUCCAAGGUCUGCUUGAGCCCUCAGGCGAGAAAGGUUGGACAGCCAAGUUACUGCCUGAGACUCACCCUGCUUCAACCUUCCAGUUCGAUGUUUUCAUUUCCGCCGGCGGAGGCAGGUUCGUCCCCGAGGGCUUUCAGCACAAGGAGCUGAGAGGCAAAUUGGCCAUCGGCAUCACGGCCAACUUCGUCAACAGGAACACGGCAGCAGAGGCCCAAGUGGCAGAGAUCAGCGGCGUGGCCCGCAUCUACAACCAGAAGUUCUUCCAGGAUCUGCUGACAGAGACUGGUAUUGAUUUGGAGAACAUCGUGUAUUACAAAGAUGACACCCACUACUUUGUCAUGACUGCCAAAAAGACGAGUUUGCUGAAGAAAGGUGUUAUCAAGCAGGACUUCAACGAAGCGGAGGAUUUGCUGGCGCCCGCCAACAUCGAUCAGGAGGCGCUUCGUCGCUACGCCCGCGACGCCGCCUACUUCUCCACCGGGGGGCGACUGCCUGAGCUGCAAUUUGCUCAGAACCACGCCUGCCAGCCUGACGUGGCCGUCUUUGACUUCACGUGCAUGCAGCGGGCCGAGAACGCCUCGCUUGUUAGGGAGCGCAGAGGCAACAAACUGUUGAUGGCUCUGGUUGGAGAUUGCCUGGUUGAGCCAUUCUGGCCUCUCGGGACAGGCAUCGCUCGGGGAUUUCUGGCAGCUUUUGACACGGCAUGGAUGGUGAGGAGUUGGGGUACGGGAGUGCCUCUUCUCAAGGUCCUCGCUGAGCGAGAAAGUAUCUACCAGGCCCUGUCCCAGACCACCCCAGAAAACACCAGUAAAAACUACGCUGCCUACAGCAUCGACCCCAAAACGCGUUACGUCAGAAUCAACCUCGCCUCCAUCCAGACCAGCCAGGUGCAGCACCUUUACAUCGUUGAUAAAUCUAAUACGUCAAGCAAGAAACAGAAUAACAGACAUUCUUACACACGUCAAGAUUCAUUCAGUGGAUUUGAGGAGUUGUUGAAAUGGUGCCAGAAAAGCACCGCGGGUUAUACCAAUGUGGAGGUGAAAGAUUUCACCAAUUCAUGGAAGUCUGGGCUGGCUCUGUGUGCUUUGAUCCACCACUUCCGACCACAGCUCAUAGACAUGAGCUCCUUGAAAGUGUCCACAUGCCUGCACAACCACCAAGUGGCCUUCAACAUCUUGGAGAAGGAGCUCGGCAUCCCACCAGUCAUGUCGGCCACUGACUUAGCCAAUGGCGGGCAGAUGGAUAGACUGUCAUUGGUCCUCUACCUCACACAGAUCAAAAACGCCUUCACUAUGGUCCCACCAGUUCCAGAACCCAAAGGCUUCCUGACUUCGUCCAAGCCUCUGACGCUCUCCCUGACGCACUCUGCCAUCUUUUUCCUCAGCCGACUUAAGCAUAAUUCUCUGCAAAGACGCAAGGAGAAACUAGCAGCUGAGAAGGAGCAAACAAGAGAAAACAAUAGAAGUAUGGGAGAGGAGGACUGUGCACCACCUCUGACCCCUCCUGAUCUCAGUCCGCCUCCAGCAAUUGUUGAGCCUGAGCCCGCUUGCGUGCCGCAGGUCAACAGCGAGACAUGCUACUUCUGUGGCGGCCGGGUCUAUGUGCUGGAGCGCAUCAGUGCCGAGGGCAAGUUUUUCCAUCGCGGUUGCUUCACGUGCCACCGCUGCGGCGUCACACUGCGGCUCGGAGACUACACCUUCCAUCAGGACGCAGGGAGAUUUUACUGUGAGCUUCAUGCUGAAGAACUGGAAGACGUAGCUGGAAUAUCUUCUCAUAAGGACAGUAAAGGAAAUGAAGAAAACGGUCUUUCCAGCGAGGGUUACACACCAUCUCCGUCUGAUGAAGAGGACGAGCACACAGUAGAUUGCCUUCCUCCGGGAUCGCGACCUCCAAUAGCCGACCCCAAAGACGAGCCUCCCUCCACCGCCGACCAGCAUGACCGCGUCGAGGAGACAUACGUACAGCCCCCUCUGCCCAAGCCCCGUAUCUCUCGACAGAGCGUCCCUGACCCCCGCCCCUCUCCUCCAGCGGUGAAGCCUCGCACGGUGCAUCUUAUAAUCCCCUCAAUUCCGAAAACCAAUCAGCCGCCGGAAGCCGUGCAAGAGACACCUGAGGCCGCUGCCGAAUCGCGGCCCAAGCAGUCCCUGCGCAAACUGAAGUUGACCGACGAGGAGAAGAAUCAGCUGGUCAACCUCUUGACCUUCACCACCGAUUCGGACUCAGAGACCCCGGGCGGCUCUUCGUCCGGGUCCUCGUCCUCGGCGACGGCGCAAGACGCGAGUCCACCCAAGACAGAGGAAAGACAAAAAGAGGAGGACUACUGGAGCGGCAGUACGGCCGGACACAUUCGCGAAAAGAGGAACAGACGCUGCUUCCGGAGGAAAGAGAUGCCCGCUGGGCAGCCCAGAGUACGGUCCAAGUUCUCCCCCUGGAAUCUUUCCUCACCUAGGAUCGGCAGAGACGCGCGACUCAGCGUUCAUCAGCCUGGGAAAGUGGAAACGACCUUCAGACACGUUGACAGUGGCCCAGAAGAAGGCGGAGACGAGGACGAUGAAGACGAAAUGUUGGAGCAAGACGACAUCGACUUAAUGGAUGAGAAGUUUCAGACGUUACCAGCCAGCCCGGUAGAGGCGGAGAAGUUGGAAGUGAUGAAGAUGAGGACGCUGGAGCGGCGAGCCAAGAUGAGCGAGUUACAACGACUCCGACAAGCACAGUCAAUCCAGAGAAGGCUGGAAGAAAUCGAGGUGACCUUCCGGGAUUUGGAGCAGAAAGGCGUCGCGCUUGAGCGAAGUCUACGAGGGGACGCUCAAAUCGAUAGUUCCCACGACAUGAUCGAGCAGUGGAUCCAGCUCGUCCACGAGAAGAACGCCUUGGUCUCAGAGGAGUCUGACCUCAUGGUGGCGUCGCGACAACUGGAGCUUGAAGACAAACAGAGCAUGUUGGAAUUGGAGCUGAGGAAAUACAUGGACUUAAGUGACAAGACAGCCGAGCAGCAGGCGGAAGAGGAUCGCGUCCUGCAGCAGAUGAUCGAGGUGGUGGACAUGCGCGACUCGCUGGUGUCCUUCUUGGAAGAGAAGAGGCUGAAGGAGAUCCAAGAGGAGCGAGAGGUGCUCUCCGUCAUGGGGGCCAAUCGCCAUUCCAAGGCGGGAGGUCAGGUUCACUGGCAGUAAAAAAAUAAAACUAAAAAAAAAACUUGAGGCACUUUCAUACUUAAAACCCAACACAGCAAAGCCAAAGAAGAUUUGACACUGAGGGGCUGAAUGAAACGGCUUCCGUCCGUGGUGGUGGUGGUGGUGAUGAUGAUGAUGAUGGUGAUAAUGAUGCACAAACGGCGGAUAAUAAUCGCCCAGCAAGGGACUUGACCUGGAUUUGUCUAGUAAACAUGCCGUCUCAACAAAGCAGCAUGAGAUGACAGCCUUGCAGAUGAUGAUGAGCCGCGUGGAGGCUUUGAAAAUGUUCCCAUUGUGUUUGCUUCUUAUUUUAUUGUUCACUCAUUCGAGAGAGAAGUAAGCCACGCGCUUUGUUUGGUUUUUCUUUGUACUGUAUAGUCAAUAAAACUUGUGGGAGGGUGGAACUAAAA